CGCGGUAGUCUGCGGCGUUCCACCACCGCCCUACCGGCCACCUCUCGGUCUUUCCUUCAUUUUCCCUCAUUCUCGCUACCUUGAUGAUGCAUUCCGCUCUUCUAAUCGAUGAAAUUAUUCAAGUAGUCUUGGAACACUGUGCAGACUGGCCUGCUCCCCAGUACCGUCGGACACUCGCUCAACUCGCGCGAUGCUGUAAAGCGUGGAAGGACCCGGCUUUGGAUCGGCUUUGGCGGAAGCUGGAUAGUGUGGAUCCCCUCGAACGUUUGGCCGAUGGAAAGUCCGUCGAAGAGUUCGAUCUUUAUGCUACUAGAGUGAAGCACAUUCUCUUCAGCCGUGCACCUCGACUUCCGAUGGUUCGUGGAGACCACGCGCCCCUACCAAAUCUCAAGUCUAUAAUCCUCAAAGAUCACGGCUGCUCCAUCCCUUCAGACUAUCUCUUGUGUUCUUCCUUGGAAGAGCUCGAGAUAGAUCUUCGACGCACACGAACUAGGGAUGCUGUAUCUCCCAUCCGCACAAGCGAUAGCCUGUCUACUGUACUUCAGAAUAAUCCUUCUCUUCAGACGUCACUACGUUUUCUUCGCGUCAAGGGUCUCAUCUCCACGGCAUUUAACGACAUCAUGUCAUCAUUCCAAUCGCUGCGCUCCCUCGUGUUACUGGCAGGCAAUACCUUGAACACACGCACCCUGGCAGCACUGGGAUCCUUGAGUAAUCUCCAAGAUAUCUACGUGCACGCCAGCCACGUCGACGCCGGAGACUUUUCGGAAGCCGUCUCGCGACACGUCUCCCAACCUUUCGCUUCUCUUCGGAGUCUGCGCAUCCGCGCACAGCGCUCACUCAUCUGCGCCAUCCUCGAAGUCCUCCCGCCUAGUACAUUGACGUCGCUCUACCUCGAGACCGAGGAGCCUGCUCAAGGUCCCUCCGCUUGGCAACCCACCUUUACACUUAUCGCCGUCAAGGCCGCCGAUACCCUCGUAGAACUUACUCUAGACCAGAUCCUCGACCCAGAGGAGAUAAUGUUAGACCAAUCCGAUAGCUCAGAUACCCGUUUCGCAUUAGACACCCUGCAGCCCCUCAGCAAGCUGCGCGCCCUCCACCGCCUCACCAUAGACGCGAUGCUCCUUCCUGACUUCACUGAUGAAGAUAUAGACCAGAUGGCCGGCUGGUGGCCGCGCCUGGAGCAUCUGAACCUUGGCUCCCUUCCCGACGUGCAGGAACACGCGGAGAACUGGGUCCCGAAGGUCACCGUGGAAGCCCUGCGCUCCCUCGCGAAGCGCUGCCCAUCGCUGCGCACUCUGACGAUUCCCCUUGACGUCUCCAGCUGCAAGACCGCCGCCGUCCCGCGCUCCGGGGAUAAGACAUCCGUCGUCCGCCAGAAGACCCUCGAGAGGCUGUUCGUCGGCACUUCCCCUGCGGAAGAGGACAUUGGGUCCUUUGUCCGCAGCGUAGUGGAUAUCUUCCCCUGCGUGCGCGAGAUCGAGUGCACGUCUGCCGAGCGGCCGUUGUCGCUUGAGGUGCAGGUCGUAUUCAAAGAC